AUGAUUGUUCUUGCAAGCAUUUUCUACGGUUUGUCGGCGAAGACGACGAACGAACCAGAUCAAAAUGGCUAUUACCAAAACAGAAAAAUCAAUAUGCGCCGCCACCGCCUCUGUUCAGCUUCAUCGUUUGUUGCAUCAUUUAUUAGAAAGACUAUUCUCAAGUUUAUAGUCGAGGACUCCCAUUUUCUUGUUUGUCUGGAGAAGGCAAUUAAGACUGCUUUUGUCAAAGCUAAUCGUGCAUUUGCAAAUGAUAGUUCUCUUGACAUCUCCUCUGGAACCACUACACUGACUGCUCUGAUUUUUGGAAGGUAA